UGGGACCACGGCAAAGUGAAAACUGAAAUUUGCUUAGGUCGACGUCACUGUCCGGGAUCUGUCAACAGUGCUCCGCCCUGAGCAGUCCGAUCAGCUUUCACGGUGCUGGGAAAUCCUUGAAGACACGGCGAUCUGGAGGCAGGUGACCGGAUCUGCCUGCUCUCCUGCACCGGGCACUCAGUGGGCACUGGGCAGGGAUCUGUGACCUCCGGGCAUUGUGGCUGCUGGUACAUCGGGAACAGAUUUGCUGCUUAAAGACAUGAAGGAAAUUCUCCUCUAAUCUAAGUGUAACAUACUACUGCUGUACAAGAUGGGGAAUAGACUGCCUUCUUCCUCAGCCGUUGUUCGGUUUUGCCAGAAACUGAACAGGGUGAAGACUUUGGAGGAUGACUUGAUGGAGACAUCAUUUAAAAGAUGCCUUUCGACCCUUGACCUGACCCUUUUGGGUGUGGGAGGAAUGGUGGGCUCCGGUCUCUAUGUACUGACUGGCACAGUGGCCAAGGAGAUAGCAGGUCCAGCUGUGGUCAUAUCAUUCCUCAUAGCCGGUAUUGCCUCUCUUCUUGCAGCUCUCUGUUAUGCUGAGUUUGGAGCAAGAGUGCCAAAGACGGGAUCCGCAUAUAUGUUUACGUAUGUUUCAGUCGGUGAACUAUGGGCCUUUCUGAUUGGCUGGAAUGUCAUCCUGGAAUAUAUGAUUGGCGGUGCAGCAGUUGCAAGAGCGUGGAGCGGGUAUUUGGACUCCAUAUUUGAUCACAAGAUCAAAAACUUUACUGUAAACCACGUUGGUAGUUGGAACGUUCCGUUUUUGGCCCACUACCCUGAUUUCCUAGCCGCUGGAAUCUUGUUGUUUGCCACGGCUUUUAUUACUUUUGGGGUCAGAGUAUCCUCCUGGCUUAACCACGUUUUUGCUGCCAUCAGUAUGGCAAUAAUAAUUUUUAUCCUUAUAUUUGGGUUUAUCCUUGCAGACCCCAAAAACUGGUCUGCUGAACAUGGUGGUUUUGCUCCAUUUGGCUUCUCUGGUAUCAUGUCUGGUACUGCCACCUGUUUUUAUGCUUUUGUAGGCUUUGAUGUUAUUGCAGCAUCAAGUGAAGAAGCAAGGAAUCCUCAAAAAGCGGUUCCUAUAGCAACAGCUGUGUCAUUAGGUCUUGCAACAGGGGCCUAUGUCCUUGUGUCUGUUGUAUUGACUCUAAUGGUGCCUUGGAAUACAUUAGUACCAGACUCUGCGCUUUCUGAUGCAUUUUACAGGCGAGGUUAUUCAUGGGCAGGAUUCAUUGUAGCUGCUGGCUCCAUUUGUGCGAUGAAUACGGUGCUGCUCAGUAACCUCUUCUCCCUCCCAAGAAUUGUAUAUGCAAUGGCUGAAGAUGGGUUGUUCUUUCAGGUUUUUGCUAAAGUAAACCCAACCACCAAAGUCCCCGUCAUUGGGAUUGUGGUAUUCGGUAUUUUGAUGGCCCUCCUAGCCCUUACAUUUGACUUGGAAGCACUAGUGCAGUUUUUAUCUAUUGGCACUCUGUUGGCCUACACAUUUGUUGCAGCCAGUAUCAUAGUUUUAAGAUUUCAACAGGAAAAGCCAGAACCUCCAAAUGAAGCUGAACAAGAGCAAAGUCCCCAGCACCGUGACCCGGGUAUCGGUACAGAAAGGAUUGCUGGGGAGGAGAUGAAGGAAUACGAGUCUUUCUCAGAUAAGCUUCAACUAGUGGAAACACUGAAAAAAGGCAAAGAGCGAAGAGAAACUGGACACCUGAAGGCGGCCUUUGAGCCAUACCUAAAGUUCCUGAGUGACUGUUAUCCGGGGGAAGUGGUCACCAUUGCAGUAGUGACCAUGAUGUUCUCCGCUAUUUGCCUGUGCUCGGUGUUGGUGUUUGGAAAUAAUGGGCUCCAUCUACCCACAUGGAGUUUUUAUUUACUUCUGGUGAUUUUUUUGACUGGGUUCUUAGUCAGUUUAUUUUUAAUUUGGGUUCAUGAGCAACAGAAGAAAAGCGUGACAUUCCAGGUUCCAUUGGUGCCGCUGAUCCCGUGUCUUAGUAUCCUGCUGAACAUUUAUCUCAUGCUAAAGCUCAACUACAUGACAUGGAUACGGUUCACUGUAUGGCUAGUCUUAGGUCUCUUUGUGUAUUUUGGUUAUGGAAUCUGGCACAGUAAAGAGAACUUGCGUGGUCCAAAAGGGCAUGGAGUCACGGCACGCUAUGUAGUAUUUCCAAACAGCAGCCUAGAAGAAACAGUCCAACAAAUCCAACCAAGUCUUCAAGACACCAUGGGAAGAGCUGAACUUACGGAAGAAGAAAUCCAUAAGAGAUGAUAGUUCAGGCUAUGGGCACACUGGCAUUACUCACACCACUCACUGCUGUAAUCCAUGCAGGAUCGCUAAAAAAGGAAAUGGAUGAUCUUGAAAUGGGGAGUAUAAACUGCUGACACGUAAUAUGGAAAAUAGUGCCGCCUUGGGACCAACUGCCCUGUUGUUCUGUAUUUAUUUAUCUAUUUAUUUUUUAAAUAACAAAGGGCCCAUGUAGCUUACACUGGAUGCUUCUCCUAUAUGUUCAUUAUUGGGCACAGAUGGCAGCAGAUGGGCAAAAGUGCUUAGUACCAGUGUGCAAGCGCAUAUCUUGUACUAUAUUCCUUCACAAGAAGUAUUUGCCAUUUGCACUGAAAUAUUGGGAAAUCACAUGAAAAAUGUAUUAUAAAAAAAAGUUAUAAAAUGGGAAAGCAAGGUACAUAUCUGUAAGACAACAGGGGUCAGUAGUUCAGGUAGGGCUGGGCGGUAUGACCAAAUAUGUGUAUCACGGUACUUUUUUAACUUACGGCGGUUCCACGGU